AUGGAGGACAACAGCCGCGGCGAAAGUUUGUGCAAAGUUUGCGGCGACAAAGCAUCUGGCAAGCAUUACGGAGUACCGAGCUGCGACGGAUGCCGCGGCUUCUUUAAGCGGUCGAUCCGCAGGAACCUCGAUUACGUUUGCAAGGAAAAUGGUCGUUGUAUCGUGGACGUUUCUCGACGUAAUCAGUGCCAGGCAUGUCGAUUUACCAAGUGCCUUCAGGUCAACAUGAAACGAGAUGCGGUGCAACACGAAAGAGCUCCACGAAAUACGUCGUCCCUGGUCGCAGCCGCGAGAAGAGGUCCUUCGGGAUUGUAUCCUGGAAUCUCGCACGUUUACCACGCAGCGAGCAACCCUUACCAUCCCCUUCUGUAUCCUGCGUUAUUUCCCUUCAAGCCGACAAUGUCGGCCUUUACGCCAUCGGUCGCACACUUUUUACCACGUUCAACUGCGGAACCGUUGACAGUGAACACUGCCAAAGAGGACGAAGUGACGAGUUCCGAGGAAGCUGGGUCAAUCGAUACGAGGAUCGAACCGAAGGAGGAACUCGCAAGCACUCGGUUAGCGUCUAUCACGAACCCUGGAUCCACGGAAUACAUGUCUAGCUUUUCUAUUCUGCCUACGGAGAACAUCUACGAAUUCGCUGCGAAGUUACUCUUCUUUGCUGUCAGAUGGGCGAGAAGUAUCCACUCGUUCUUACAACUACCCUACAGGGACCAGACUAUACUACUGGAGGAAUCUUGGAGCGAGCUUUUCGUCCUGACAGCCGCGCAGUGGAACUUCCCAGUCGAGGAAGCGACUCUGGUACCGAACGAUUUAUCAUCGGAAAGGAAAGAAACGCUCGUGGAUGAAGUGAGAAAAUUGAGGGAUCUAUUGGCAAAAUGUACUCUUCUGAGGGUCGAUCAUUCGGAGUAUGCUUGUCUCAAGGCUAUAGUUCUUUUCAAAGGAGAAUCACGGGGCUUAUGCGAACCAGGGCGGGUAACAGCACUGCAAGAGCAGACGGUAGCUGUAUUUUGCGAAAGGGAUGCACGAAGGGUUGGACGACUUUUGCUGCUAUUACCACCUGCGCGCGCACUCUGUCGAUCAACCCUGCAGGAAUUGCUGUUCAAGCCGACAGUAGGGGAUGUUAGCGUGGAACGAUUACUGGGCGACAUGGUCAGUGCACUCAGGCCGACAUAA